UCAGACUCCAUGAACAUCCUGGAACCAGAGGAUGAGGAGCACACCCAGGAGGAAGAUUCUAGUGGCAGCAAUGAUGAUGAAGACAGCCAGGAUGAAGAGGAGGAGGAGGAAGAGGAAGAGGAGGAAGAUCAGGAUGAUGAAGAGGGAGAUGAGGAUGAUGAUGAUGAAGGUUCAGAGAUGGAGUUGGAUGAGGACUUCCCAGACAUCAAUGCCGCACCUCACAUCCGCUUCGAAAGGUUUGACAGGGAUGAUGACCUCAUCAUAGAGUUUGACAACAUGUUCUCCAACAACGCUGACAUCCCUCCCUCCCCAGGCAACAUCCCCAGCUCCCACCCGCUGAUGGUGCGUCAUGCGGACCACGGCUCCCUCACCCUGGGCGUGGCAGGCACCAGCAGCCGCCUGGCACAGGGCAUGGGUCGCAGCCAGCGGACACUGCGACAGCUCACUGCCAACAGUGGACACACCAUCCAUGUCCAUUACCCUGGCAACCGCCAGCCCAACCCUCCUUUAAUCCUGCAAAGAUUGCUGGGCCCUAGUGCUGCUGCAGACAUCUUGCAGCUGUCCAGCUCACUGCCUCUGCAAUCUCGUGGACGAGCCCGCCUUUUGGUGGGAAAUGAGGAUGUGCACAUCAUUGCACGCUCUGAUGACGAGUUGUUGGAUGACUUUUUCCAUGAGCAGAGCAGUACCGGGGGACAAGCAGGCACCCUCUCUAGUAUUCCCACUGCCUUAACAAGAUGGACAGAUGAGUGUAAAGUGCUCGAUGCUGAGAGUAUGCACGACUGUGUAGCAGUGGUGAAGGUGCCUAUCCUGCAGCAUCUGGAGAGUCUGCGAGAUGAGGAACUGGAAGAGCGUCGGGAGAAAAGGAGGCGGCAGCUGGCUGAAGAGGAAGAGUCUAAGCAGAAUGAGAGGAGGGCCUCUGGAGCAGAGCAGGCCAGGGAACAGAGCCUGCAGGGUUCUGGAUUGGGGACAGUUAAUGGUGCUGAGAACACUGCAGAGGGUGAGCAGGCUCAGGGUGGCACAGUGUCAUGUCUGGACCCACCCAGGGUCUCAGAGGGCUUCCUCACUGCUCCCCCAUCUGGAGAGGUCACUCCCACCACACCUGCUCCUCAUGAACAGGCGCUGGUCUCCCUGGAGACUGCCAUCAGUCAGCAGGUCCACCAGCCAAUCGCUGACCUCCUACUGGCUGAGUCGCAUGCCAGCUCACUGGCUGCUCUAGCAGGGGCGGGUCUUCCUGCCUUGUCAUCAGCUGACCGGCCAAACAGUGAAGCGGAGGCAUCUCAGAUGGAAAUGUCCCCGGCAGCCACAAUCGGUGAGAGAGUCAGUGGGGGAGGAGGAGCGUUGGAUGAAGGCAGGGAAGCCUCCCUAAGUCCAGACAUCGUGGAGACCUCAGAGCCUGCAGUGGUGGGUGUUUCACAACUGGAAGGGUCCCCCAUGGAUACCAGCAGCCCUGCCUCUACCACUCAGGAAGAAGUGGCUCCCAACCCUGCCCAGACCGCCCAGCUGUCUCAGGAGCUGUCCGGCAGUAGGGAGAGUGGGCUGACUGACCGGCACACAGACGCAGACACUGGGUCAGUGUCAUCCGUGACCAAAUGAAUGUUCAACUGCAUC